GUUGGAAGCGGACGAACCAAGGACGGACCAACAAAAUGGCUGUCUCCAAAUUUGAAAGGAAAUUGAAAUCACUUCUUGAAAGUGAAGUGAUUCAUGAAAGUGACUUUGUGACGUACACUACGUAUCUUCACGAUUUAACAAAAAUGUUGUUGGAACACGAAAAUGACUUCCCCAUUUACGCUAAUGUCGUUAAAAGUUGGAUCAGUGGAUUUGAGAAAAUUUUCAGUGUCAAGAAAACGAAUAAUUAUGUGGGAACGUUCUGGGGGACAUACAUGAGCAAAUUUUGUCUCAACGUUACGAUAACUCUGUUCACCUUCCUGCAAUAUUUUCGUCAAUUCGAACCGGACUACACCCAGGAGUUUUACUUACACUGGAAAACCAUUGUGUCCCGAAUGGACGGACUAAAGCGAGCUGACACUUUCUACAAUCUCGCUGACAAAUUCAAAAUUGUGGUGCAACACCUAAGAACGGCAGCAUCACGUACCGAACAGUUGGCAAUUAUGGCUGUGUUACGGAUUUACAUCGAGUGCGUACCAGUUACCCAGUUGCACCGUUUGCACGAACACGACAAUGCCGAGAUCAUUAAGGUGGUGGGCAGAUUCAUGGAGAAUCCGUCGAUUUUGCAUCAACACGAAUUCCUUCACGACAUUAACGCAAUGGGACACUGCAUCGAAUCAUUCAAGCCGACGAAAAUCAUUUGCAGAAAAUUGAACAUCGACAUGGACGACACGAACUAUUCAAUGUGGUUCGACUUCAACAAGAUGGAACAGACGAUCAACUUUACUACUGUGUCCCUAGCCGAUAAUGCUAAUCAAUGUUUUGGCACCGCGCGUCGUGUCAAGUUAAGAGAAAGUGUCAAAGUGUCAAAUUUGCUGGAAAUUAAUGGCAUCUGGAACGUUAUCUCGGUGGGUAAUAUUCAUUCAGCUGAACAACGAGCCACAAUCAGAGUUUACUUUCUAAAUAAAACGGAGGAACUGAUUUCGACUGCAGUGAAAUCUAUUUUCCGAUUUGUGAGUUCCGGAGGCGUUACUGGAUCGGCGUCUCAAGGUUUCAUCAGUGACUACACCGAAGCAGAGCCCACAGAAGACGAGUGCAAAGUGUCACCAGAAACAGCACCACGUCUUAACGACUCAUUCUCGUCCGUCGUUCCUCCGAAAUUGAUAUCGUUCGAACGAACCGACAGCAAAUUUUCGUUACCGACGCCAACGAAAUCGCGUCGUGACGUACCACGACGGAACACGUCCUUACCACUUUUACCUCGACAUGAAAGUGAUGAAUCGGAUGCCGAACUGCCGAUCAAGUCGAAUCUGACGUACGUGAUAAAGAAUUCGGUUACAUCGGCUGAAAAUGGAACACCUCCCGAUCAUUCGCCUGCCAGUGAUCCAAAUGCGACCUACGUCUUACGAGAGUCAGUCAACCCGAUUGCUGAUGAACAACCGGAAUAUGACUAUGACAGUCAGACGGACAACGGUGACAACGUUAUGGACAAUAAAUGUCCAUCGAUGGAGUUGGAUGCGGAUAACAAAAGUCUAGCCACGAAUCGUACGUACACCAUUUGCAUCGGUGCACGAUCAGGAACGUUGGUUGAAGCGAAUCCAUUGGCUGAACACGAGAAUGCUGGCGCGAAUUCGAAGUUAUUACAUCGUCAUGAUAUGGUGCUCGAUGAGGACGAUGCAUACGAUGGAAAUGAAAACGCGCAGGACGAUUCACAAUACGGUGAUCCAUACGCCAGAUCCAGCAAGAAGAUCGAAAUCAUCGAAAAUAUUACGAUCGUACCACCGAGAGUUCAGCCGCAAUCACCGGAGCCAAUAGAAAACUUCUCCGGUGCGUCUCGUCAAAACGUCGAAUACCUCCACUUCAGCCAGGUGGACGUUUCAGUGAAUCGACAAGUCUUCAAUCAAUACAGUCAACCAACGACAAGACGGGAACGGUUUUACGUCAAGGAUACGUCCUUUCGAUCGCGAAACAUUGCGCACAUCGCGUCGAAUGAGUCCGUUCAACGCUCAUCGCAGAGGCCAAUUGUAGUUGCACAGGUGAAAAUGGAAAAUUUUGACAACAGUGAUGGUAGAGACGAUCAAGCGGAUCAAUCGAUGCGCAGCGACCGCAAAGAAUCUUUUGUCCCGUUUACUGCGACCACCAAGCAAAACACAUCCAGCCAUGAUGAUUGUCCGUUAAAUGCAUCAAAUGGAGGAACACACCGAAGCCAAGCAGUGUCACCAUGGCCGAUCGAAUUUUCAGGCAACUAUGAGUCGUUCAGUCCCAUUACUACUUCAACUCAACGAACGCAAGUUAAACUACGAAAAGUGUCGUAUUCACAACAGGCCUAUUCGCAGUUAUCCCCAGAUCCAAUUUCAUCUCCAACCGAGCAGCACAGUGCCGGUUCUUCGUUUCAGAAAUCUUUUUUUCAAAAUUCGAUGACACUGAUUGGCUUGUCUCAAGAAAAUCCGGAGGCCUUAAAAGCUAACAAAUCGUUGAAUCAAACCGAAGUGAUGCCUCGUGCAAGCGGUAUAUCUGAAACACCGCAGACAAUUAAUAAGAAAAUCGAAUUCAACGCGGGCAUUGAAUCACCAUCGGUGCAGGCAUCUCGAGAAAAAUCUUCGGAAAAUGUCUCCCAAAAUCAAACUGCACCGAAACUCACCAAAUGUAACUCAAUCGCCGAUCUGCCUAAGAUGUCACAAUUACAUGUCGGACCAGUAACCGAAUCUCAGAGAGAACUGAAACCAUUGCAAAAUGAGUCAAAAGCAACACAACAAUUUACGUCGAAGCAGAGUUCCACGGAAAAGCUGGCUCAAUCUUCGCUUCAGCAAAGCAUCGAAGCUCCAACAGUUGAUCCACUUGCCAAAUUGUCUACAACGGACUUGAACUCAUCGGUACAACGAACGAAAUCACUCAGCUCACAGAUUAUGUCAGUCUCUGCACCUAAACGCGAACAGAACUCUAAGGAAUUGAGAGCAACUGAAGUAACUGAAGCGUCGCCACGACAUUCAUCGGAAAAACAGGCUGCGACAUCAAACCAGCAAUCGAUCCAAAGUGUGCCGAUUAUCGAUCCAGACGACGAUAUAAAAUCAUCUCUGAAGGCAAAGCGAACCAAAUUUUCACAAUCAUCGAUCCAAUCAGCUCCUGUAUCACGACCGGCUCAGAUGGACCUGAACUCAUCGGUACAACCAACGAAAUCACUCAGCUCACUGAUUAUGUCAGUCUCUGCACCUAAACGCGAACAGAACUCUAAGGAAUUGAGAGCAACGGAAGUAACUGAAGCGUCGCCACAACAUUCAUCGGAAAAACAGGCUGCGACAUCAAACCAGCAAUCGAUCCAAAAAGUGCCGAUUAUCGAUCCAGAAGACGAUAUGGAAUCGUCUCUGAAGGCAAAGCGAUCAAAAUUGUCAUCGAUCCAAUCAGCUCCUGCAUCACGACCGGCUCAGAUGGACCUGAACUCAUCGGUACAACCAACGAAAUCACUCAGCUCACAGAUUAUGUCAGUCUCUGCACCUAAACGCGAACAGAACUCUAAGGAAUUGAGAGCAACUGAAGUAACUGAAGCGUCGCCACGACAUUCAUCGCAAAAACAGGCUGCGACAUCAAGCCAGCAAUUGAUCCAAAGUGUGCCGAUUAUGGAUCCAGAAGACGAUAUGCAAUCAUCUCUGAAGGCAAAGCGAACCAAAUUUUCACAAUCAUCGAUCCAAUCAGCUCCUGUAUCACGACCGGCUCAGAUGGACCUGAACUCAUCGGUACAACCAACGAAAUCACUCAGCUCACUGAUUAUGUCAGUCUCUGCACCUAAACGCGAACAGAACUCUAAGGAAUUGAGAGCAACUGAAGUAACUGAAGCGUCGCCACAACAUUCAUCGGAAAAACAGGCUGCGACAUCAAACCAGCAAUCGAUCCAAAAAGUGCCGAUUAUCGAUCCAGAAGACGAUAUGGAAUCGUCUCUGAAGGCAAAGCGAUCAAAAUUGUCAUCGAUCCAAUCAGCUCCUGCAUCACGACCGGCUCAGAUGGACCUGAACUCAUCGGUACAACCAACGAAAUCACUCAGCUCACAGAUUAUGUCAGUCUCUGCACCUAAACGCGAACAGAACUCUAAGGAAUUGAGAGCAACUGAAGUAACUGAAGCGUCGCCACGACAUUCAUCGCAAAAACAGGCUGCGACAUCAAGCCAGCAAUUGAUCCAAAGUGUGCCGAUUAUCUAUCCAGAAGACGAUAUGGAAUCGUCUCUGAAGGCAAAGCGAUCAAAAUUGUCAUCGAUCCAAUCAGCUCCUGCAUCACAACCGUCUCAGAUGUCAGCUGUUUCACAAAAUUCCACUCAAACGCCAGCUUUAUCGUUGGUUCCGCAACGCUUCGAGAACGACUUUACUGUCGAUUUACCCGACGACGUGGACUGCUUUCAACCAAUGCCGAACGUAUUGCAAAGUCAAGCAAAAAUGUCUGAACCACAGACCGAAUCAACAGCGGCAAAGGUUGCUCCGAGAGCAACGAUUUCGCCCGACAAUCCUAAAGCAUCGACAGCAAUCCAGCCAAAAAAGACCGCUGCCCAAAAGAUUGCAAAAAAUUCGGCUCAGAACAAGGCCACCAAUGCAACAAAGAAGUUGUUGAACCCAAAAAUUCUACGAGAGAUGUCAGCAGCGAUAGUCAAACAGCCACCUAAAGGACAAUCGAAAGCUGCCCCGCGAUACUCAUCGCUAACCAAACCGACGACUCUCAACAGUCAACGCAAUUCGGAGAAUCUCCUAACCAUAAGAUUCGACGAAACUGAUGUGCCUGAUGUAGGCAAUGAAUUUGCAGCGGCCGACAAUUCGUCCAAUGGUAAGACUUUGGAAAACGAUUGUGUAAACACCGAUGGCAUACGCGUUGAUGAGGAGGGCAAGGUUUACGACGACAACGGAUGUGUGUUCGCCAACAAUGCUGAAUUCCAGCGUGCAGCUAAAUUCUACAUCGCAAACGAUGGAUUGGACUUUCUGAAAAAGGAAACUGUCACAGCUCUGCCGGCAAGCAAACGACAAAAAUACGAACGGAGGCUGAAAACAAUCCAACGUAUGAUCGAUCGUGGUCUCGAACGGCUGCGGGUAGGACAGAAAAAAAUUACGGACAUAGAUCCGUAUGCAGUGACUAUUGCAGAGACCACCAUUCAAGGCGAGAAGCGAAAACGAAAAUACAAGGAAGUGAGUGUCACGACGUCCAGAAAGACCUACGUUGAUAAAGCGAAACAAGUUACUUACACUAAGAGAACCAGCAAGAUGCACUACGUUUUCGACGAAGGCACUUCAACCGAUUCAAAGUCGACAAUGAGCAAAGCCAUGUCGAGAAGUAAGGCAUUCAGCAAAGCGAAAACCGCUCAAACCGUUAAGACAUCUUAUCCAUCAUCAGCCAAUUUAGCCGAGGGAAAGGUCAAGAGUCGACAAAACGGGAUCAUAUCAAAUCCAUCAAACCGACCGGACGCUAAGCCAUCAUCGAAUCGUUUGGAAUUUGAUCAAACGCCGAUGGUAUCAAUGAAUGAGUAUUGUGCUGAAGUCAAUGUUUCACCGAUUCCUGCCUCAAGCGAAAUUGAUGCCGGGCAACACAAACCUCAUAAGGACAUUUCGGCGAUCUCUGCAGGCAAGAUGUCUCUUCCAAUUUAUGCGUCGCAAAAAAUGGUGGCGGUGCAUCAACAGAAGAUGUUAACGAAAACGAUAUGCCAACCACCACAACAUCACGACGAAUCGCCUUCGACAAAUAUUGAUUGCUCAGGCGACGCUUCGACGAACCGUACAGCAAUGACCGGUGUUGAACUAUGUUCGACGACAAAAUGCGCCGGUAAUAUGAAGGAGCUGCUCGAUUAUUUGAAUAGAAUUGAGAUGGAAUCAAGUCAUACUUGCCGUGGAUCGUGUGAACGGAACCAAAAUACGCUGAAAACAUUCAUCGAUCGCUUACGCCGAAAGGAGUUCCAUCAGGAUCGUGGAGUAUCCGAUUGGGAGCAAUUAUUCAAUUGUCUAUUGGAGUCACUGGAAUCAAUGUGCAACACGGCUUCUGAUCGACUGCAGGUACAUGAGGGAGAAAGCAAUGGGCAGGCGAUAUAAAAAGUGGUCAGUGGGCUCUCAUUCGUGUAAAUUGAACCGUUGAAUCGUUGAAUUAAGAAAUGUUUUUCGUUCCAUUUUUUGGAAUUAUAUUUUUUGUUGAAUUUUGUUGUAAA